GAAUACAGUGGAGCAGCAUGUUUGACGUCAUCAGUUCUGCGACAGUGGAAUAAAAUUGACAGAAGAGAAGCUGAUGGUGAUGGCGUUGAGGCGUGUGGAGGUUCUGGCCCUGUACCGACGGGUUCUCCGGAUCGCUCGCAGCUGGCAGGCUCAGUCAACCCUCUCACAUGAUACAGAGACCGAGAGGAAGUACAUCACACAGGAGGCACGCUCGCUGUUCAGACAGAACCAACACCUGAAAGACCCAGAGUUAAUCAGUAAGUGUGUUGCGGAGUGUGAGGCUCGAAUAGGGAUCGGACUGCAUUACAGAAAUCCCUAUCCCAGACCUUCGUAUCUUCCUCCGAUGGGUUUGGCCACACAGAAAGGCAGAAAGCUUCGAGCACAGCAGCGACUCAGGAAACAAGCCAAGCCUGUAUACUUACAGUCCCACGAUGAGACAUAACACACACACACACUGUCACUGUCUGUAAAUUGACUGUGUAUAUACUGCUAUAUUGAAUAAAAGUGUUUUAAGUGUUGAAAUGAAAUGACAUUUCUGAGUGAAUAAAGUCUCUAU